AUGCGGCAAGCUGAAGGGCCAAGAGGCCUGGCCAAGGCCUGUUGGUCGUCCACCUUCCAGAUGUCAAAGCCCAGAGACAGAAGCGAUCGACAGGCCAUAGCAGACCCUCGCGUGAGGCAGAUAAAAAUCAAAACCGGCGUAGUGAAGCGAUUGGUCAAAGAAAAAGUGAUGUAUGAAAAAGAAGCUAAACAACAGGAAGAAAAGAUUGGGAAAAUGAAGGCUGAAGAUAGUGAAAAUUAUGGAACUAAAAAGCAGAAAGAGAUCUUGCAAGAGUCCUGGAUGAUGAUCCCAGAUUGCCAGCGCAGGUUGGAAGCUGCAUAUACUGAUCUUCUGCAGCUACUAGAAAGUGAAAAAGACUUGGAGGAAACUGAGGAAUUUAAAGAAGCACGUUCAGUACUGGAUUCAGUGAAAUUGGAAGACAGAUGGGGUCUUUUGCCUUAA